UUUAAUCAGUAUAACUGCAGUGACAUUUCUGAUAUGUACAUUGGUUUUGAAUAUGAUGUAAGGAAACGAUAUGUAUUUUUUGUAAUUUUUAGAACGCGGCUUGAUUUUUGCGUUAAAAAACAAGUUGCGGCCUCUCAUCACCGCAAGACUGAAGUGCCUGGAACAGGAGUACGCCGAAAUAAAGUCUAUGGUGACCAAAGUAACUGACAACUCUGAGUCGGUCGAAUUUGAUAAGUUCGGAAAAUACCUAUCUGAUGUGACGCGAAUGUUAGAUGAUUUCAAGAUAAAGGUGGACAACGUUCUGAAGGAAGAGCGCAACGUGAUAAAUUCGUUGUUGAAUUGCGCGGCGAUGUUGCGCGUGUCAACGUCGGUUUUUAAGGCCGACCCUAAGGGCAGUGAUCCGUCGGCUUCGAACCCCUCCUCGAAGGUUUCCUCGACCAAAUUAAAUAACAGAUGUCCAUUGACCGGUCUCGGCUACCUCGCUGAAGAUUCAAGCGAUGAUGACGACAACGACAGCAUCGACGAAGAAUUGGGUUCAGACACAGGCGCUCAGCUUGAACCUCAGUCGCAGAUGCAGUAUAUGUCCAGUCCGUCGCGGUACGUGUCACAUGAUCUGGCGGCCAUGCUUAUCGAUGUUGACUGGUCAACGGACGACGAACAAGAACCUGGGCCUUCACGUGUCACUGAUCAGCAGGUGAUUGACUGGUCACUGCGCAGAGACCGGCGCUAG